GCUGCAUCGUCGCACACACUUGGAGGUGAAACAUUGUCAGUGACUUGGAUUUAAAUUGGUGCCUUAAGACGCAAGGGCUUUUAUUGUUGUAAAAGUUGUUAAAGUUGUUGUAAAAACACAUUUAGUACAAAAACAUUUCGGUUAAUAUUUUGAGCCACAAUAUACAUACAUUAUUAACAAGUGCAAGAUGGCGCAGGAAUCGAAAGGAAUGGCGGUGGCGCAGAAGCAACCACAUAUGAAUGAUGACGAAGACGAGGUCAGGGAUUUGCAGAAGCAGCAACCACGCAGUGGAGGAAUCUACGACAAGGUGCGCAGGCAGGCCGAGCGCUUUGCCAGCACAUGGCUGGGCCAAUACGUCAUCGAGCGAGCCGAUAGAGCACUGAAGAUGAUCGAGGAUACGGCCAAGUGGAGCUUGCCGCGAGAUGAAAACGCCUGUUUGCCGGAGCGUCCUCUGCCCUGGACACUAUUUCUGUGGAUGAUCCUAGUGUUGCGACUCACGCGCAUUUGGCUCUCCUUGGGCGCUCUGAUGAUUGGCAACGGACCGGUAUCUCCCUCGGAUGUGAUCUAUUUCAUACAAACUCGGCGACGCAAACUGCGCGCCAUACGAGUUCAUGGGUUGAAGGUCAUGCGGCAACGCCAGCAGGAGGCUGCCAUGGGUUCUAGCACGAAUUACAGCCAAAAGUUUGCGUUUUGGUGGUCACGAGCCAUCUGCCGACCAGGAGUUCAAAGGGAAAACAGUGGUCGGCUAUUCCACAUACGUGGUGGAGUUUCUGAGCAGAAGUCGAACCAAAAUCAGAGUCAGGCGGGACAAAGACAGCCGAUCGCAAAGCGGCCACGGGAUGAGGACUGCAGCAUCGAUCACAACCUGACCAUUGAAGAAAUGCUGGCGAAAUAUGCGAAUGAGAACUCCGAAGAUGACGUCGAUUUUGUGCCCGAUGCUGAAGAUGAGGAGAACGAUGAUGACAGCGACAGCAGCAAUGAUAGUUCCAAUACAGAUAGCAGUGCCGAAACAAGCGCUUCGGAAUUGGAGAAGCACGAUGAGCAUAACGAGAAGGAAGAGAAGGCCGAGGUUAAAGCUAAGGCGGAGCCAGCAACUGAUCUCGGCCACAAUGAGCCGAUAACAAGAAAUGGCAACGAUCAUAAGAAGCCCCUGCAAGCGCAGUCAUCAGAUCUUGCCGUGCAGUCGAUAUCCCAGCAGCUCCUGCCCAAAGAGGAUCAGUGGAAGGCCUCUCCAGGACACGUUAGCGCUGCGUCAACACGUCUCUACGGCACUAGCAACACUGUGGCAGCAGUAACCACUGAACACGACACCGACUCCAAUCAUGACAAUGACAAUGACGAUGACAAGGACAAUGACAACGAUCACGAUAGCAACAACGAUGAUAGCCACUCUGACAAUGAUAACGAUAACGAUAACGAAGACAAUGAAACGGACAGCAGCACCAGCGCCAGCACCAGCAAAAGCAAUUGUACUGUUCAUUCCGCCCAGUCCUAUCAGUCCUAUCAAGAUAUUGAAAAGCAGCGAAAUGAAGCACCAAACGAUGGCAAUGUAUCUCGGAGGUCCACCACCCAAUUAAUCGUCCCAUCCAAUUAUCCUAACGUUAUGACUCCAACUGUUGAGACCCUAACACCCGCUACCUCCUCCGAGGACAUAUUUUAUAGUCCAAUCGGUUCCCCAAGCUCUUUUAAUGCCCUCAAUAAUUGUUUUGGGCCAGGAUCCACACAAAAAAGUGCGAGUGACAAGUCAUACCUCAAAAUCGCUUUUUCCAGUCCCAUUCCUGGAGCAGAGGUACAGGCACAGACAGAGAAAACGCCUGCUUCCGAUUUCGACUCCAUAUUUAUGAAGCCCUAUGCGCAGCCAGAUCAGCCACAAAGUCAGCCAAAAUCACAAAACCCGCACCAGCAGCAAAGAAAUCAAAACCAACGCUAUCGUGGGCGCAACCGACGCUAAACAGUCCCCGUCCCCACUCUCUUAUCCAAUAUCCAACUACUUACCAACUCUCCACAGUCACUAAUACAUCUGAAUUUUUCAGUUCUGCUGAAUUUAAUAAAUCAUAAUACUACGUACUCGUAUAUUAUAAUAA